AUGCUGCAUCCAUCCUUCAGUCUUGUCUCACUCGUGAAAGCGGACCACCACAUCCUCAUCCUCUUUGUCCUCUUCAUCAAGAUGCAGUGCACGGCCUCACUCGGUUCUUGUUUGUCACCGUGCUGGAGUCGAACGGUGGCGUUUCCCGAUUGGGCUUACAAGCCGGCGUGGUCUGCGGGCUCUCGUCAGGUGCAGCUGUGGCACUUCCUGCUGGAGCUGCUGGGCGGAGGCGCCCGGGGCGACGCUAUCGGCUGGGGGGGCGAGUGGGGCGAGUUCGUCAUCCACGACCCCGAGCGGCUGGCCCGGCUGUGGGGCGAGAGGAAGGGAAAGCCGCACAUGAACUACGAUAAGCUGAGUCGGGCGCUGAGAUACUAUUACAACAAGCGCAUUCUGCACAAGACCAAAGGCAAGCGAUUUACGUACAAGUUCAACUUCAGCAAAAUCGUCCUGCUCAACGUCCACCUGCCGCCAUCUUCUCACUGCCUGCCGCCAUCUUGUCAUCAGGUCUUCAUUACAUCAUCUGACGCAUGCACAUGCACUUAG